AUGUGGCAACAUGCACAUCGUGUCGACUAUUUUUUUCGGAGGCAUGCACUCCGACAAGCGAAAGAACAUGCAUGCGAAUUUAACGAUGAUCGUACAAUAACAGUAAAGACGCGUGGUAGACAUUCGGCUUGUCGCUUGAAAAAAUGUUUCGUUCUUGGAAUGAAUUUCAAAUCAAUUCGUUGUUUAAAUCAAACAUCGAUAGAAAAAAUGGAGCAAGAACCAAUUCGACUGUCGAAACCUGCAACAUUGAGUCUUCUAUUAAAAGAUCGUUCAGCAUUAGCAUUCGACGAUUGGACUCUCCUUUCAAAUAUUGUUUAUGCUUAUGAUCAACAAAAUACAAAAAAUAAUUAUAAGCCAUUGAGAACAUUCAAUUCAUUCUUUGUUGCUUCUGAAGUGCACGUACUUGAAAAUGAAUAUGCUUGCCCGAAUUGCAAUGAAAUGAUUGGUGAUAAUUACACAAAAGAUAGUCAACGUCAUGCUACCAGAAUGGAACUCAAUGAAACACUCGUUAAAAUGAUACAUAUGAUUUCAUGA